AUGGAUAAAAAUGAUGUAAAAGAAGAAACAAAAAUUUUACUAAACGAUAAAGAUAUAGAUAAAAACAAAAAAGUUGGUAAAAUUAGAUAUUGCAUAAAUAAUUUUUUUAAAACGUUAUUCCAAAAAAAUGUACAAUAUGAUACUUUCUUUUAUAAAAACAAGUCCUUAGAAAAUACCUUCUGGUCUUCUCAAAUAAUUUAUACUAGAAUACUGUUGAUAUCAUGCCUUUUUUCAUUUAUCGUAUCAUGGAAUCAAAAUGUGGCACUCAUUGGAGAAAAUGGUCUUACUCCUGCAAAAAAUUAUGUUGAUAAAAUGUUCGAUGAACUUCAAAAUGAAAGUAUAUGGGUUAAAUUUCAAAAUUUUCAUUCCCUUUUUUGGUUUAUACCAGCUAGCGAUUUUAAUAUUAAUCUGCUAGCCAUUAUAGGUAUUGUACUUAGUUGUUUCAGUCUUCUCUUCAAUUACACAAACCUAGUUACCCUUGUACCCAUAUAUAUUAUCCUGCAGUCCAUAUAUAGCAUAGGGAAUAUAUGGUUUAAUUAUGUAUAUGAAAUUGAAAUACUUGAAUUAUUGUUCUUGUGUUUUUUCCUAGUACCUUUUUGUGGAAAUCAUUUAAAAAAGAGGUUUUCCCCAACAUGCUUAAUAAAAUAUAUUUGUAGAUGUUUUGUAUUUAAAGUUCUUAUAGGUACAAGUUUAAUACGAUUUAAGAAUAGUGAUUUAUGGGGGAAAUUAUUAGGAAAAUAUUAUUUAUAUGAAACCCAGCCAUUACCAACAAGUAUUUCUUAUUUAUUUCAUUCAUGUAUAACAUUAAGCAAAUUGGAUAAUAUAUUUUGUAUAUUAACAGAAUGUGUGUUUUCUUUUCUCAUACUUUUUCCUAUUAGAUCAUUUAGAUUAGUUGGAGGUUCUCUUAUUUUUAUUUAUUGUAUUUUAAAUUUUAUUACUGGGAAUUCGUACUUAUUUUACUUUUUGCUUAUAGCUCCAUUGAUGUUUUGUUUUGAUGAUAAGAUAUUAUUAAGAUUGUUUUUUUUUAAAUGGAAAAGAUAUGAAAUCAUAAAUAUAGUAAAAGAGAAAUUGGCUAAUAAAAAUAAAAGUAAACGAUAUUUUAAAAGUUUCGAUAUUUUUUACUUUACUGGUUUCAAUUCUGAUGAUUUAAUUAAAAUCUACGAUAAUUAUUUUAAUAUAAAAUAUCAAAAAGCAUAUCUAGGGAAAUCCCCCAAAAAAAAUAAUACAUUAAAUAAAUAUAAUGAACAAUCUUCGUAUGAUGAUAAUUAUGAACAAGAAGAUGAAGAACAUUAUUAUUAUGAUGAUGAAGAGGAUAAUGAAUAUGACGAAGAUAAUUAUGAUAUUAGUUAUAACAACUCAUUAAAUUAUCAAAUUACAAAAGAACAAAUACAUAAUAAUCAGUCACCACAAAAACAGAAGGAACAACAACAACAAUAUCGAGCGUUAAUACCUAAAUCAUCUUCUAAAGAAAUAAAUUUAUUUUAUAAAAAACAAAACAUUUUGAAAAGUAUAAAAAAUGAUUUAUAUAAUACAUUUUAUUGGUUAUUUUCACAAAAAGGAUUACAAUAUAUUAUAAAGAACUAUAAUGUUUCUGUAGAAAUAUUUAUACAUAUUAUUUGUUCUUUAUUAAUUAUAAUAUUUAAUAGUAUUGUAACAAUAUCUAUAUAUCCUAUUACUUCUAUAUUAUUUUAUAUAUAUAUUGUACUUUUCCUGUCCUAUGUUAUAUUUUUAUUUGGUUAUACAAAAAAUAUAUUUUCACGUAUCAUAAGUCAAUUAUCUUUAUUAUUAGUAAUUUUAUUAAUUUACUCUAAUCAGAUAUUUCUACAUGGAUUUGUUAAUAUAUAUUAUAAUAGUUUAUUCUUUAUACAUUUGUUAACAUUGUGUAUUCUUUCGAUGUUUUAUUUAAAUAAUAAAAGAUUCAUCUUUAAAUUUACUACACAAUAUUUCUAUUUUAUUCUCUUUAUCUAUUUUGCGUAUUUCUUCCUACAAAAUAUUUUAUCACCUAAUCAGAUUAUGAAUGCUCAGUAUGGGUCUUUCGAAAUUAUGAAUAUAUAUGGAUCCUUUGGGAAAAUAAAAAAAAACAGAAAAGAAAUUCUUAUUGAAGGAACACAAUCAGAAAAGAUUGAUGAUAAUACUACAUGGCACACAUAUGAAUUUUAUUGUAAACCAGAUAAUAUUUAUAAAAAUAUGUGUACACAAUUUAGACUUCUAUAUAAUUUUAUUCCAGUACUUUAUAUUGAUAGAUUGGAUUGGCAAUUUAAUACACUCAGUGAUAAAGAAGAUGAAACCAUUUUACAAAAUGAAUGGUUCAAAAAUUUUCUUAUCAAACUAUCAAAUAAUGAUAAAAAUAUUCUUUCCUUAUUAUAUAAAAACCCUUUUCAAAAUAUUAAAAAUAUCAAUAAUAAAAAUACAAUAUUCCUAAGAAUCUCUAAUGCUACUUAUAAAUUCGCAAAAAAUGGACAAAAAAAUUGGUGGGAUGUUGUUUCAUCAAAAGUUAUUGUAAAUCCACACCAAGUCUCAAAAUUACCUGAACAAGUCAGGCUAAAUUUAUAUAACAUGCAUGAACAGAUAGAACAAGCGAAAAGAAUAAAACUGAAUAAUAUAGGAAAUAAAGAUUUAUAUGAUGAAAAUAUGUUAAACUAUAAAAAAAAAUAUAACAUGAGAAAAUAUAAAAUUAUGGAUACAAAUAUGGAUGAUAUCGAACGAACAAAAGAAACAAAAAAUGAUAUUAUUAUAAAUGAUAAGAUUAUUGGAAUUGACUUCAAAUAUGAUAAUGUAGAUAAUGAUUUUGAAUCAACUUAUAAAGAAGAGUCAUACCCUAAUUUGAGAAAGAUAAAAAAGGAAAAACAUAAUGAAGCAAAGGAAAGACAUGAACAAAAUUUUAAUAAACAAUAUGAAAGAGUAAAGAAAAUAUUAGAAGAUCAUAAAAAGAUAUUAGAAGAUGAAAAUGAAAUAAUUAACAAGGAAAAAAAAAAAUUACAAAACCAAAAAGAUUUAUUAAAUAAAGAAAAACAAAAAUUACAAGAAGAAAAAAAAAAAUUAGUCUAUCAAAAAAAAAUGCAAGAACAUAAUAUGUUGGAACAAGAUCAAAAAAUACAAGAAGAAAAAAAAAAAUUACUUUAUCAAAAAAAAAUGCAAGAACAUAAUAUGUUAGAACAAGAUCAAAAAAUACAAGAAGAAAAAAAAAAAUUACUUUAUCAAAAAAAAAUGCAAGAACAUAAUAUGUUGGAACAAGAUAAGAAAAUACAAGAAGAAAAAUUUAUGGAAAAGAAACAAAAACUAACGGAACAAUUUUUAGAACAAAAACAAAAAGAAGAUGAACAAAUUUUAGAAAGAAAUAAAAUAGAAAAACAAAAUAUUAUGAACAAACUUAAAAAAUUAGAAGAAGAAAAAAAUCAAUUUGAAAAAAAAAAAUUAUUUCUUGAACAAAAAAAAAUACAAGAACAAAAAGCAAUUGAUCACGAAAAAAAAUAUUUACAACAACAACAAAACAAAUUAUUACAAAUUAAAAAAGAAAUUCAACAUCAAAAAGAAGAACAACAACAUAAAGUAGAUGAACAAUUAAAUCAAAAACUAAAAAAUGAGUUCAUGUUACAAAAUGAAGAUACUAUAAAUAAAAAAAAAAUAUAUUAUCCUAUUCAUAAUAAUAAUACCAAUGUUAAUAAUAAUAGCGAUAUGUAUGAUAUGAAUAAGUAUAAUACAAAAGAACUCAACGAAAAAAUAAAUAACGAAAUCGAAAGUGAGUUGGAAAAUAAUGUUGAACCAUUUCCACAUCAAAUUAUAUAUAACAACGGAAAACAUGAACAAGUAAAAUAUGAAAAUAAAUAUUUGAAAGAUCAUUUGAAUGAUCAUUUAAAUAAACAUUUUAAAAACAAUAAUCAUAAUAAAUUAAAAGGAUCAUAUAAUAAAACUACUCAACAAAAUUAUUCUAAUGACGACGACAUAUCUUAUUUAGGGCAAAAGCAUCAAAUAAAUAACAAAUUCGAGAAAAUAGAAAAUAAAAUAAAUAAUGAACAAUCUAAUAAUAAAUUACAAAAAUUUACAGUAGAUGAAAAAAUAAAAAAUGAAUUAGAUAAUGCCAUUAAAAAUUCUUAUUCUAAAUAUAAUUUAUUAAAUAAUUAUACAAAUAAAAUAAAUAAAUUAGGAUUGUUAAACGUAUAUAACAAUCCAAACAACGUUUCUAAUAUUAAUACAUUAAAAUAUAAACCAUAUGAUAAAUAUCAUAAUGAAAGCUAUAUAACAGAUACAGUUAACGAAAAUAUUGAAUAA